AUGGCCGAGGAAGACGAACUAUACUACCUUCAACCGGGUUUCGACCUGCAUAGCCUCACUAUCCCCCGCAUCCGUUCAAUUCUUGUCGCCCAAAAUGUGCAUUACCCGUCCUCGGCAAAGAAAGGACAACUCCUAGAAAUCUUGGAGCAAGAGGUCUUGCCACAGAGGGAAAAGCUACUGCGGGCGCAAGCUAGAGUCCGGCGCACAAGUAAAGGCAUCACGGAUGUUCCAAGCAGUCAAGAAGGGCCAGUUGACGAUGACGAUGAUGAUGGCAAGCAGUUGAUGCCGCCUCCUCCGCCUCCGAAGACGCCGCGCAGUAGGAAAAGCAAAACGGACCUCUCUGCUUCCGCCGCCACCGCCUCAGUGCCAUCGACAGCCAGACGAACCAAGACUCCCAGUAGAAGGAGUACGACCAGAACACCCCGCGCAUCAGAUACGGAACCAGAGGUGGAGAAAUCGACGGUCCGCAGACAAAGAAAGAGCGCACCCGUUGAGGCUGUCCAGGAACCUUUCGUUAAGAUCGAACGACCAGAUACCAAGUCCAAGAGGAAAUCGGUCGAGGGAGCAGAAACAAGCCCUUUCUCCGACGAGAAUCCAUUCCAGUCGGGGUCAAGUCCGACGUCAGCGUCGCAUAACCGCAAGCCGUCGACAUCUCGGUCACGAAAAUCAUUAUCAUCAGCGAGCACCACAAAACGCCGGGAGACAAGCUCGCCAACCAUCAAAUCAGAAGAGGUUACACCAACGCGCUCGAAAGUCUUGUUUCCGGUGUCUCAAAUCGCACGUGCCGAUGCCGAAGACGGGAUCGAUGUCACGGAAGAGUUUACACCUGAUGCUGCACGUGAACUGGCAGAAGAAGAGAGGAAUGGACAAGUAGUUCCGGGUCGAUCCUCAACACUUGUGAGGCGGAAGAAGAAGAAGGAGACGAACGCAGUCGUGAGAAAUGCUCCCCUAGCAGUCAUCACCACCGUCCUUGCCGCCCUGGGUGCGUGGUACCGGCAGGAGAAGAUCAGCAUUGGCUAUUGCGGGGUGGGCGAACCGAACUGGUCACUAGCCUCCAAUCCACACAUUCCUGCCUGGGUGCAUGAGAACCUGCAACCAAAGUGCGAGCCUUGUCCGCAACAUGCAGUCUGCUACCCCAACAUGGAGGUAGAAUGUGAAAGCGACUUUGUGCUCAAACCUCAUCCUUUGAGCUUGAACAAUCUCGUCCCGCUGCCACCGACUUGUGAACCAGAUAGCGAGAAGCAGAGGAGAAUCAAGGCCGUUGCAGAUCGAGCCAUCGAGGAACUCCGCGAGAGGCGAGCGACUUACGAGUGCGGAGGUGAUGUGACGAGUUCUUCAGUCCCUGUUACAACGGAGACCGAAACUGUCAAGACAGUAGCGAAAUCCGCGGCGCCAAAAUUGGAGAUUGCGGAAGAGGACCUCAAGCAAACAGUGUCCAAGUUACGAAGGAAGGGAAUGACAGAGCAGGAAUUCGAGGAGCUCUGGCGGGGUGCCCUUGGGGAUAUCAAGGCGCGGGACGAGGUCGAGGUCACUCAAGAUCGACUCCCCUUCGCAUGCGCCGUCCGACGAUCGCUGGUCCGAGCAUUUACAGAGAAUCGAAUCCCUAUUGCAAUUCUGAUUCUGAUUGCAUCGGCCUUGGUUUACGGUCGCAACAAGAUUAUAUCUCACCAACAAGCCACGGCGCAAAUUCCCCGCUUGGUGGCCACGACGUUGGACAGACUAGCCACGCAAGCCGCUCUACAUCAAGACGGACGAGCCGCAGAAGCAUUUAUCAGUGUAGGCCAAUUACGGGAUGAUGUGCUACGGAACGUGUUCAGUGCUUCAGAGCGCGAGCGCGUGUGGCAAAAUGUAAGGAAGAUUGUGGAAGGGAAUUCGAAUGUGAGGGCAGCAACUCGGGAAGGAGGAAAGACGGGCGAGUGGAGUCGGGUUUGGGAGUGGAUUGGGCCUCUGGAUCUGGCACCUGGAUUGGAGGGACGGAGGUCAGGGGGGUUGAUCACAGAUGGAAGGGCUGCAGAAGGCAGCAGUCGUGGUAGCGGCGUGGUGAAGGUGGAAGAGGACUCGAAUCUGGAGAUCCGGCGGUGGGACGAGGGAAGACCAAUUUAUUGA